GAGGCAAGGCAUCGAGCUGCAAUGUUUACGUUCUGCUUUAGCUGUCAUGUCAAGGUUCUAGAUUGAUUGUCAUUUGAAAUGCUGGAACAGUCGGAAUCGACAUUUUCUUACACUUCUUGAAGUAACAGAUUGAUUUUGUAAUCACCAAAAUGGACUCAAACACAAAAUUUGAAUUUCAUCAUAUAAUCAACAACAUACAAAGAAUAGCUCUGUAUGAAACAAAGGCAAGGUAUUUUUUGGUUGGUUCAAACAACAGCCAAACAAAGUUUCGAGUAUUAAAGAUUGAUCGUAUGGAGCCUAGGGAAUUGAAUGUGGUAGAUGACCAGCAAGUGUACUCUAGGGAAGAAAUCCAAAACCUCCUCAGCAUGAUUGAUGUUGGUAACCGCAACAGGCAAGGGGGUUCAGGCUCACCAUUCAUACCUGUGGCAUCUGCUUUUGGGAUUGUCGGAUUUGUGCGGUUUUUGGAGGGCUAUUACAUUAUUUUAGUCACUAAAAGGCGACACGCUGCUAUGAUAGGGCAUCAUAGUAUUUAUAAAAUUGAGGACACAGCCCUUAUAUACAUACCAAAUGAUGGGGUGAGGCGGGCUCACCCUGAUGAAGCUCAUUAUUUUAAAAUGUUUCAAAGCAUUGAUUUAUCAAGUAAUUUUUACUUCAGUUACAGUUAUGAUGUAACACACACAUUGCAAAGGAAUCUGACAUCACCUGCAGGAGGCAUUCCCAUUCCACCUGACUUGAGGCCUUUCCUUGUGAAUGAAGUAGAGAGUGCAGAUGAUUUGUUUUCUGCCAGCAGCAGCAAUGUUACGUUAGAAAAUUCAGAAAACAGCCUCAAGUUUAGAAAGUCACCUAAGAAAUACUUAGGUGUGCGAAGCAGUCCAAACCAAAGAUUUGUCUGGAAUUCAUAUCUUCUGAAACAAGUAGAAUCUAUUCUUUGUCCAGAUUGGAUCUUACACAUCACACAUGGAUUUGUUAGCCAGUCCAAUGUUAGUAUAUUUGGUUGUUCUGCCUAUAUCACACUUAUUGCAAGACGUUCAAAUAAAUAUGCUGGAACACGUUUUCUUAAAAGAGGAUCCAAUUUUGAGGGAGAUGUGGCAAAUGAGGUGGAAACGGAGCAAAUUGUCCAUGACUCAGGAGUUUCUUCACUGCAACAAGGUAGAUUCAGUUCUUUUGUGCAAAUGAGAGGCUCGAUUCCGGCCCACUGGAGUCAAGAUAUCAGCAAAAUGGUCCCUAAACCACCUAUAGGGUUUGAUUUGAGUGAUCCAUUUGCGGAGACUGCAGGCAAACACAUUAAUAAACUAUUUGCCCGCUAUGGUGCUCCAAUUAUAUUUCUAAACUUGGUGAAGAAGAGAGAGAAAAAAAUUCAUGAAAGCCAGUUGAGUAUUGAGCUCUGCAAUGCUAUAAGAUAUCUCAACCAAUUUUUGCCGCCAAAGCACCACAUUGAAUACGUCAGCUUUGAUAUGGCUCGGAAAAACAACCAAAAGGAUGUGAAUGUGAUGAAAAAAUUGGCUAAAAUUGCUCAUGAUGCUAUUUUACGGACUGGGAUUUUUCAAAAUUUUGAUCCAUACUUCCAACACAAAAAUGAAUUUAUUCUGGGAAAGCCAAACACCAUUGAUGGUCAUGGCCAUCUUCAAACAGGCAUUAUUAGAGUGAACUGUGUUGAUUGUCUUGACCGGACAAAUACAGCCCAGUUUGCUCUUGGCAAAUGUGCUCUUGGAUUUCAGUUAUAUGCUUUAGGUUUCAUACAAGAGCCAAAACUUGAAUUUGAUUCAGAUUGUGUCCGGAUGCUAGAAAAUUUGUAUGAAGACCAUGGGGACACAUUAGCUCUUCAAUACGGAGGAUCUCAACUUGUCCAUAGAAUCAAAACGUACAGGAAAACAGCUCCAUGGACAUCCCAGGGCAAUGACAUCAUGCAAACAUUAAGCCGUUACUAUAGAAAUACUUUUUCUGAUGCUGAAAAGCAGCACACUAUCAAUGUGUUUUUGGGAUUGUUUGUUCCGGAGGAGAAUAAGGCACCUAUAUGGGAACUCCCAACAGAUUAUUACUUACACCACAUAGUAACACCAAGAAAAAACAUCCAACCAAGAAAGCCACUGACAAUGUGGUGGGACAAAGAAGUAUUAGAAGUUCUUCCCAGAGCUCAAAAUGAACUGAAACGCACAUACAUGCAAGUUCUGCUGGUUCAACCUAGAGAUCAGAUUGUUGAUGCAUAUCAAGACUAUUACCAGCCACUGAGAUUUAGUGUUCUUGAAGACCUUUUCCCAUACAAGAUCCGUAAUGCAGUCUGGGAUUUUAUGCCUAAUUGCACAACAGACUAUAGUCCAUUUAUAGUCCGAGCAAGACCUGGUCGCCGAAGUGAAGAAUCUACCUCACGGGGUAGUAUUAUGAAAAAUCCUUCACUUACAGGUCAAAGUUCUACCAGUUCCACAACAUCCAGUGCUAGCUCAGGAGCUGAUUCAGAAGAAACUGAUGCUGAGGAAGACCUUGGUGCUCCAUCUGACACUCACAGCACUCCUUCCUCCAAGGAUAGUGUCAAAACAACAACAUUUGAAGCCAUGUUUCCCAGUAUGCACCAGGUAUAUGGCAUUCAACCAGAAGCACCCAAUCCUGGAGACUUACGAAUGCUCAGAAGGUUUGUCUUAAUUGGACGAAAUGCUACUCAACCAUCUUCGACUGAGAUAUUAAAUCGGCAUUCAACAACUAGAGUCCUAUUUAAGAAGCAAAUAGGAAUAAAGCCUGUAGCAGUUGGGGCAGAUGCUAAAAAUGUUUAUGAAAAAUUUGUUAAGAGAGGUCUUGAGGCAUCUACUAAUUUAAGAGCAGCUGAUCACAACAAGUACACUCAGUAUGUCACAGAUAGAACCUUAGAAGUGCGUGACAUCCGUAUCCUCCGGUUUGGGUCAUGUGAAUAAUUUUCUGAACUGUAAUUAAAAUAAUGCUGGUACUCAAAUAAAAAUAUAUAUUUUGUUACUGAA